ACUUUGAUGUAAAAUCAAUGCAUUGCAUAGACUCUGGUUUGUUGAAAUUGUCAAUACAUGAAUGAAUGUGUAAUGAAGAUGAUGAUAUACUGUAUAAUAUUUUACUGCUGCCCUGUCCAAUGUCUAUGCAGGUUUUAUUUUUUAAUAAUGGAUGUUGUGCACGGAAAAGAUGAGGUGGAAGAGGGUGAAAGCUUGCUGCAAACAAAAGGGGGUGCGAAUAUACAUGUAAAUGUUCUGUUCUUUGCUCGUGCCACUGACCUCACAGGCUUGAAGAAUAUGCCUCUGGAAGUUUCGUUGGGCAGCACUGCCAGAGAUUGCUUGGAUAAAGUUAUCAUCAAGUUUCCGGGAUUGCAAGAGAUACGUAAUUGCAUGGCCCUUGCCCUGAACAUGGAAUACAUCACAGAAUCUACCAUUGUCAAAGACAAAGAUGAGCUUGCCAUUAUUCCUCCUAUAAGUGGAGGUUAGGACGCUUCAUCCCCUUGUCAUGUAAGAAAUGAAGGAUUUGGAAGCUCACAUACAUAUUACUGCAAUGAUAAUAAAGCCAUUUGCAAUGUCAUGUGUGUGUACAUACUGAUAUAAAUACACAUAUACUUGUCCGUGUACUGUGUGACAUAAAAUCAUUGUUAUUGUAUUAAAGCUUACUUCAAUUUUCCUAUAAGAGGAGUUAUUACUUAGUAG